AUGCCUCAACAUCCAUCCCAACAUACAACACUCUCACGAGUGGGAAGCUACAAUGAAUCAGAAUAUCCACCCUCUCAAGAAGAAAGUGAAAUCAUGGAAACCUGUUCAACCUACUCCACUCAAACACAGGUUUCGGGUGCCGUUCCGUUAGAUACCGAGAGCGAACAUCCUGAAAUCAUCAUGUCCAAUUUCUUGAAGGCUAAAGAUAUUGAUCAAAUGCAACGUCUUAGAAGACUCCUCCCCAAGAAUGCACUACAACAAACCAAGUGCGUAGAACAAGUAAAAGAAGCCAUUGAUCGAGGUUUUGUUGCAGCAGAGAUUCGAGGAUUGAAGACUAUGCCUGAACCCGAAGAUGAUGAAUUUUAUCCUAUUCAAGCCUUGUGUAAUGUAUUAUUGAAUCCUUUUGUGAUUGAGGAUGAACAUUUAAGAUCUCAUGUCAUGAGAAAGGCUCUCUCUUUAGAACCAUCACCUCAUGUUGAUACUCCAAAUUAUGCACUUCGUUUGUGUGCAUGUAUUGGUGCUCAAACCAAAAUGAUUGAUCCAAAGCUAAAGUUUCUGAUUAGGAAUGUGAUUGAGUGCGAAAAGAGUGACUCUUUAUUGAGCAACAGAGCAUGUGUUUCCUAUGCUGCAGUAUAUUUGAAAAAGGAUGAGGAUUUGGAAGACGCCUGCUCACUCUUGUUCCAUCCACAAUAUUUAGUAAGACAAAAUAUUAAGGCCUGGAUUUUCAAGCAAUUGUAUGAAGAUAUCAAGAAAUCAGACGAGGAAUGGUCACAGGUUGUAACUACUCUCUCGAAAUAUAUUGAUAAUGCUAAAAGUAUAAAACCGACCAGUGUGAAGGAAGACUUUUUGAAGGAUUUGGCACAAUAUCGGCAUGAAAAGUUGACCCUUGGUUAUUCCAAAAAGAAUCAAUACCAAAUGCUUAAUUUGCCGAAUAUCAUGGAUUUGACAAAGAUGGAAGCAUGGAAACAAGCAGUGAAGACCCAAUUUGAAAAGUUAACUCACGACCAACUAGUUCCAGUCAGCGUCAUUGUUUCUCACUUCCACGCACCUAAAGACGUUGUUGAACUUUACGAUUUGGACGGAGAUGGAAAAUUGACUGAAAGUGAACUCGUUCAGUUGUCUUAUCUAAUGUCUUCCACCCAUAAAUAA